AUGGGUAAUCUCAAAAACAAGCUUUUACUCCGCGAUGUCAAGUAUCGCGGCCAACUCUACGACUAUUUCCCGAAAAUCCAAAACAUCUACGUCAUCGGGAUGGUGGCUUGCAUAUCGGGGCUGAUGUUUGGGUUUGACAUCUCGUCGAUGUCGUCGAUGAUCGGAACCAAGCACUACAACGAGUAUUUCGAUACCCCGAACUCGAUCACACAGGGCGGUAUCACGGCGUCGAUGGCCGGCGGGUCGUUUCUGGGGUCGCUGGUGUCGUCGAACGUGUCGGACGCGUUCGGACGGCGGGUGUCGCUCCACAUAUGUUCUGCGCUGUGGAUCACCGGGGCGAUUCUGCAAAGCGCGUCCCAAGACCGGGCCAUGCUGAUCGUGGGCCGCGUCAUCAGCGGCAUGGGCAUCGGGUUCGGCUCCUCGGUCGCGCCGGUGUACUGUUCGGAGGUGGCGCCUCCCAAGAUCCGGGGGUUCGUCUGCGGGCUGUUCCAGUUCAGCGUGACGCUGGGCAUUAUGAUCCUGUUCUACAUCGGCUACGGCUGCCAUUUCAUCAACGGCACCGGCGCGUUCCGCGUCACCUGGGGGCUGCAAAUCGUGCCGGGCCUGAUUUUGCUCGUGGGCACGUUUUUCUUGCCCGAGUCGCCGCGGUGGCUGGCCAACCACGACCGGUGGGAAGAGGCCAGCGAGGUGAUCGCCGGAGUUGGGGCGCACGGCGAUCGCGAAAACGCGCAGGUCAAGUUGCAGAUGGAGGAAAUCAAAGAACAGGUGAUCAUCGAUCGGGCCGCUAUGAAUUUUAGCUAUUUGCAUCUGUUCCGCUCCAAGACGCUUCCUAAGACCAUUGUGGGCGUUUGCGCGCAGAUGUGGCAACAGCUAUGCGGUAUGAAUGUCAUGAUGUACUACAUUGUCUACAUUUUCGACAUGGCGGGCUAUUCCGGCAAUACCGUGUUGGUGUCGGGUUCGAUUCAAUACGUGCUGAACGUGAUUAUGACCAUUCCGGCCUUGUUUUUGGUUGACAAACUGGGGAGAAGACCCGUGUUGAUUGUCGGAGGAAUCUUCAUGUUCAUUUGGCUGUUUGUCGUUGCCGGUCUGCUUGCCACCUACUCGGUGCCUGCCCCUUCGGGUUUCGAUGGUGACACCACGGUCACCAUUCGUAUCCCACAAUCGAGCAAGGGUGCAGCGCAUGGUGUCAUUGCAGCGUCGUACUUGUUUGUUUGCUCUUUUGCUCCGACCUGGGGUGUGGGUAUUUGGAUUUACUGCUCCGAGAUUUUCAACAAUAUGGAAAGAGCCAAGGGGUCUGCCCUGUGUGCCGCGGUCAAUUGGGCAUUCAAUUUUGCGUUGGCCAUGUUUGUGCCUUCCGCGUUCCGUAACAUUUCCUGGAAGACUUACAUUGUCUUUGGAGUCUUCUCGGUGGCUUUGACCAUUCAAACUUUCUUCAUGUUCCCCGAAACUAAAGGCAAGACUUUGGAAGAAAUUGAUCAAAUGUGGGCUGAUAACAUCCCCGCAUGGAAGACAGGCUCGUACACACCUGAGAUGCCUAUAAUUGAGGACGAAGAAGGUCACAAAUUAGGUCUGCUGGGUAGAACUGAGCACAUUGAAAGUGCAGAACCAAGAAAAAACAGCGCUGACGUGGAAAAGGCCUUUGUUAGUCACAGCAGUACUGACAACGCCUCGUCCAGGCCAUAA